GAUGUGUGGGGGUGCCCGGCCGCUCUCAGCCCCGUUUCUGUUCCUGCAAGGUUCGCAAAUGCUGCUGCACAUCAUGGUUCCCGAGCGGCUGCUCUCAAAACCAGCUGGAGAGACGGAUGUGGCGUCCUACGUCCUGCAGAUCGAGGGGAGGCCGUACACCGUUCACCUGCAGCAGCAAUUCUUUAUAUCGGAUGAUUUCAGGAUUUACACGUACAACGAGAAUGGAUCUUUGCGCUCUGACUCGCCUCGUAUCAAGGGCGGCUGCCACUACCGGGGGUACGUCGAGGGCUUCCCCAGCUCGGCAGUGACCCUCAGCACCUGCUCGGGGCUCCGGGGCUUGCUGCAGUUUGAGAACGUCAGCUACGGGAUUGAGCCCCUGGGUCAUUCUCCUGGGUUGGAAUACAUUGUGUACCGAGUGAGGAACGAGAAGGCGGCGGGUUCCCUCCUGGCCACCAGCCCCCCCGAGGGAGGGCCGGGCGGGCUGACAGCAGAGGAGAUGGCGAGCAAAGCCCCCGGAGGGGACCGAUCAGAGUCCAAAUACCGGAGGGAGAUGGCACUCUACAUAGUUUUGGAAAGGGCUUUGUUCGACUACCUGGGUGCAGACGAGUAUGUUGUGACACAGAAGAUAGUUCAGAUCUCCAGCUUGCUCAACACUAUGUUCAGGCCUCUCAAUCUAACCAUUGUGCUGUCCGCCGUGGAGGUCUGGAUGGAUGACAGUACACUUAAGAAAACGGGGAGCGGAGGGGAUGUGCUGGCGCGGCUGUUGAAGUGGAAGCAGACCAGCCCCAUUCUGCACCCCCACGAGGUGCCAUAUCUGCUGCUGUACAGGGACCGAGCGGAGUUCGUGGGUGCAACGGCUCUGGGGAAGGCGUGUCAGAGAGACGCUGCUGGCGCAGUGGCCGUGUACCAAAGGGCCGUGAUGCUGGAGUCCUUCUCCGCCCUCCUGGCCCAGCUGCUGGCACGCAGCCUGGGCGUAAACUACGACGACCCGCGAGAAUGUCGCUGCCCCGGGAGCGUCUGCAUCAUGACCCUGGAGGCGCUACGUGUCAGUGGGGCAAAAGCCUUUAGCAACUGCAGCAUCAGGGACUUUGAAACCUUCCUGAAGCGGAACAGGAACUGCCCCUUCAUCAGGCACACUCUGCGUCAGCCGUCCUACCGCGUCACCAUCUGCGGCAACGGCGUGGUGGAGCCGGGCGAGCAGUGCGACUGCGGGGCGGCCGAGGCCUGUGCGUUAGACACAUGCUGUACCCCCCAGUGUAACUUCAGAGCAGGAAUGCAGUGCUCCUUGGGACCAUGCUGUGAACAUUGCCGGUUCAAGCGGAAAAACUCGCCGUGCCGCCCCGCCGCCGACGCGCAGUGCGACCUGGCCGAGUUCUGCAACGGGUCCUCCGCGUCCUGCCCCCCCGACCUGUACGUGCAGGAUGGGCACGGCUGCGAGCAUGGCACCGGCUACUGCUACAAGGGACGCUGCCGGUCUCCAGACCUGCAGUGCCGGCAGCUCUACGGGAGAGGUGCAAAAAAUGCUCCUUUGGCCUGUUAUGAAGAAGUCAACAGUCAGCAGGAUAGGUUUGGCCACUGUGGCAACCACCCAAAGGAUGGCUAUCAGCCCUGUUCCUGGCUGAAUCUGGGAUGUGGGAAGUUGGUAUGUAUAUUCCCGAAUCGUAUUCCUUUCACAAAAGUCAAGGGCGCCAUAAUUUAUGCUCAAGUGCAAGAACAUCUGUGCGUGUCUUUCGAUUUUAUGCGGGGACCCACGGUGCUAGAUCCUCUCCUGGUGAAAGAAGGCACAAAAUGUGGUCCCGGAAAGGUUUGCAUCAACGGCACGUGCCACCCCCAUUCCAUCCUGAAGUAUGACUGCAAUGUGCAGGAAAAAUGCCACGGGCACGGAGUGUGCAAUAACCUGAAGAACUGCCACUGCGACCCGGGCUGGAGCCCCCCCCAGUGCAAGACCCGAGGGUCCUCCGUUGGCGGGAGCACCGACAGUGCCCUGGGCCCCGACGAUAUCAAAAGAAGGUAUAUGAAGAUCUGGCUGCUGCUGAGCCUCGGCGGCGUCCUCCUCGCCCUGAUCUGCGGCACCGUCGUGAUUAUGAAGUGGAGCCGGCUGAAAAGGUUCUGUGCAAGGAGGGGGUCGCAAACGGAUGGCCCUGCGGCUGAGGAGGGCAGCGACAGACAGGACACGGACAUGUACGCGGAGCUGGACACAGAGCCGGGGACGGGGCUGCGCCACGGACAUUAAUAAAGGCGUUGGACGGAGCUGCGUGUGGUCCACACCUGGGUGGGCUGGGGGUGCCCUGCCCAGCGCCGGCACACCCCGCAAACACAACCCCUCCAGCCUUCCCUCGGGAAGGACGUGCCCAGUUGUGCCCCCACGUCAGGGCCCUUGGUCCCAGCUGACCGCAGGCAGAAGCACAGGGGAGGGGGCGCAGAGAAGCAGCAGCACCGGCACCGCGUCGCUGCCACCCUGCGCUUUCCCGUGCUGCGACGGAGCAGCACCCACCGCAGGGAGGGCACCGAUCUGUCGGGGGGACAAAGGCAGCACCGCGCUGGAGCAGCCGCCUCCGCCACGGGGGCCCUUUCAGGCUCGUUUCAUUCGUCUCCAGCCAGACAGGGGCAUCAGCCUCCCCGGCAGUAACCACCCAACGGGCCGGAGUUCUGCUCCUGUGCAGCGCGAUUAGGUCAGAAGCCCACAGACCCUCACUGCGAGGAGGUGUAAUUACCCUCCUGUCCUGCAGACCCAGCACAGGACACGGGACAGGAGUUUGGCAUUGCCAGGACCCUGGGGAAAGCCAGCUGCAGAGCCAGCGUCCCUGCACUGCCACCAGCACCCUGGGCCGCUUCCACGCGGCUUCCCAGGGCGACCCGGAGCAUCCCGGCAGCUCCCGGGGGAGGUCCCAGGGGGUGACAGCUCACAGCCCCUGCCCACGGCGAGGGAGCUUCCCUGAGCCUUCCCCAUAGGUGGGUGCCCGCGGGGACGGAGAUCAAUGUUUGCUCCACGACAACUCCUUAUCGACAACCUUUAACCGUGUUUGCUCGGACCCUCUGGCCAUUGGGCGGCCAGACACCGGCUCCCCCCAGGACAAGGUACGUGCCCGUGGCCGGGGCGCGUGGUG